AUGCCUAACCCCGUGGAAGCGUACAACAAAGGCAACGCCAACGGAAAACAAAGGCUGAUUUCAGGAGCAGAGCCCACUGUGCAGAAUUCCGGCAGUGACAUCGUUCAUCCCAUAAAGGUUGACGAGAGUGGAUCGUUCCUGUCCUAUGAUUUAUCUCACCGAGCAAUUCAUAGAAGGUCUCUUUCCUCCGGAAACAAUUUUCUUGCCUUUUAUGAGCUGCAUUACAAAGGACAAGCCCUGAAAUUCAACUUGAGCCUCAACAGCAACCUCCUGGCGCCGGGGUUUGUGAGCGAGCGGCGGUUCGGGGGCGUCGCGCGCGCCGAGAUCCGGCCGCGCGGCUCCGACUCCUGCCACAUGAUCGGGGAGGUGCGGGGCCGGGCGCCGAGACGCGGCCUGGCGGCGCUCAGCACGUGCGACGGACUGAAGGGCGUCUUCCGCCUCCAGGACGAGGAUUAUUUCAUCGAGCCGCUGGCCGCGCGCUCCGGCGAGGCCGGCUCCGCGCAGCCCCACAGGAUCUCCAGGCGCCAAGCCCCGGAGCGCGGCCCAGCGGGACCGGGAGCCGGGAAGGAGCCGACACCGGGAGCAGCGUGUGGAGUUCCAGAAUCUCAGGAAAACCUGGAGAGGUCUGAGAAACGGAGGGAAAGAUGGGAACAGAAGCAGCAGAGGAGAAGGAUAAAGCAGCGCUCCAUCAGCAAGGAGAAGUGGGUGGAAACGCUGGUGGUGGCGGACACCAAGAUGGUAGAAUACCACGGCAGCGAGAACAUCGAGAAGUACGUGCUGACCGUGAUGAACAUGGUGGCAGGUCUCUUCCAUCACGCCAGCAUUGGAAACCCCAUCAACAUUGCUAUCGUGCGGCUCAUCCUGCUGGAGGAGGAGGAGGAGGAUCUGAAAAUCUCCCACCACGCAGACAACACCUUGAAAAGUUUCUGCAAAUGGCAGAAAAGUAUCAACAUUAAAGGAGAUUCCCAUCCACUGCAUCAUGAUGUGGCAGUCCUGCUCACAAGGAAGGACAUCUGCGCAGCGAUGAACAGGCCCUGCGAGACGCUGGGGCUGUCCCACGUGGCGGGGAUGUGCCAGCCCCACCGGAGCUGUAACAUAAACGAGGACACGGGGCUCCCGCUCGCCUUCACCGUGGCCCACGAGCUCGGACACAGUUUUGGGAUUCAGCAUGAUGGAAGCAGCAAUGACUGUGAGCCAGUUGGGAAACGACCUUUCAUCAUGUCUCCACAGCUCCUGUACGAUACGUCCCCGCUCACCUGGUCGCGCUGCAGCAGGGAGUACAUCACGCGCUUCCUCGACCGGGGCUGGGGGCUGUGCCUGGACGACCCGCCGGCCCGCGAGGUGCUCGACUACCCCUUGGUGCCCCCGGGCGUCCUCUACGAUGGCCGCCUGCGGUAUGGCCCCUUCUCCACCUUCUGCGACGACAUGGACAGCGUCUGCAACACGCUGUGGUGCACGGUGGGGAACACGUGCCAUUCCAAGCUGGAUGCUGCCGUCGACGGCACAACGUGCGGAGACAACAAGUGGUGCUUCAACGGCGAGUGCGUCCCGGUGGGCUUCCGCCCCGGCGCCGUGGAGGGCGGCUGGGCCCCCUGGAGCUCCUGGGCGUCCUGCUCGCGGAGCUGCGGCGCGGGCGUGCAGAGCGCCGAGCGCCACUGCAGCAACCCCACGCCCAAGUACGGGGGCAGGUACUGCCUGGGCGAGCGCAAGCGGUUCCGCGUGUGCAACGUGGCGCCGUGUCCCGCCGGGCAGCCCAGCUUCCGCCAGCUCCAGUGCAGCCACUUCAACCCCAUGCCCUACAAGGGGAGGCUCUACAAGUGGACGCCGGUGCCAAACAACGUGAACCCGUGCGAGCUGCACUGCCGGCCGGAGCGCGAGUACUUCGCAGAGAAGCUGCGGGACGCGGUCAUCGACGGGACCCCGUGCUACGAAAGCAACGCGAGCCGGGACAUGUGCAUCAACGGGAUCUGCAAGAACGUGGGCUGCGACUACGAGAUCGACUCCAACGCAGUCGAGGACCGCUGCGGCGUGUGCCACGGCAACGGCUCCACGUGCCAGACCGUGCAGAGGGUGUUCGAGGACAGCGAGGGGCUGGGGUAUGUCGAUAUUGGGAUUAUCCCCGUGGGAGCCCGCGAGAUUAGGAUUGAAGAGGUGGCCGAGGCAGGGAACUUCCUGGCCCUGCGGAGCGAGGACCCGGAGAAGUAUUUCCUGAACGGCGGCUGGACCAUCCAGUGGAACGGGGAUUACAAGGUGGCCGGCACCACCUUUACCUACGCGAGGACGGGCAACUGGGAGAACCUCACGUCGCCAGGGCCCACCGUGGAGCCCGUGUGGAUCCAGCUGCUGUUCCAGGAAAGGAACCCGGGCGUCCGCUACCAGUACACGGUGGCCAGGGAGGCGGAGAGCGGCAACGAGCUGGAGCAGCCCGAGUUCCUGUGGCGCUUCGGCUCCUGGACGGCCUGCACGGCCACCUGCGGCACCGGGGUGCAGAGGCAGGCGGUUCUGUGCGUGGAGCGGCUGGCGGGCAUCGUGGAGGAGCGGCACUGCGACGCGCGGAGCCGGAGGACGGUGCUCUGCAUCCAGAGCGUGGGCAUGGACGAGCAGAGGGCUCUGCAGCCGGCAGACUGCCAGCACCUCCCCAAGCCCGAGGCCACCGCUCCCUGUCACAGGGAUGUGCCCUGUCCCUCCCAGUGGACCGCUGGGAACUGGUCGGAGUGUUCAGUGACAUGCGGAAACGGAACACAAAGGCGCCCUGUUUUCUGCAGCAACAAUACGGGAGCAGCUUGUGAUCCUGCCCAAAGACCAACCUCGGAAGCUACUUGCUCUUUGCAGCAGUGCCAGAAGAAACUGGAAAACCCCAACACUGACUGGUCUGGCAGCGGGUCUUCCAGCAGAGAAAUAUUUAAUGAAAUACAUUACAUUCCCAAUAACCAUAUUGCUAAAUUUAACCCCUUUAUUCCAAAUAUUCCAGAGUCCAAUGAUGUCAAUAUCAUAACUGAGGAGGACUUUUCAUCCAGGAAGGGAAAUUUCUUUGUCGACGACUUUUAUUACGAUUAUAAUUUUAUCAAUUUCCACGAGGAUCUCUCUUACGAUCCAUUAAUUGAAAAAGACACGGAAAGUGAGGGACCAAAGCCAGAGCUGAGCACCAAUAACGUGGAGGAUGCUGGGGAGGUGACGGCCGAUGAUCUGCACACCGUAAAGCCGCCACGAGCAGAGGAAGAAAAUGCAGCAGGCCCUGAAGCAACUGCUCCCGCUGCAGUGCACGGCGAAGAGCAGACGGGGCCGGGGGGGCUGCUCGCCCCAGACUCGCCGGCCAGCGGCCUCCCCACCGCGUCCCCUUCUCUGGCCAUUCCCACCCCGCCGGUGCCUGCGGGCAGGAGCAGCGCUGGCGGGGACGAUGCCUGGGACGGACUCAAACGUAGGGAUGAGCUUGGGAGCACAGCAGCGGAUCACAGAAGUACAGAGGUUCCUGACGAGGCCGGCAGCGAAGAGCACCCCUGGGCGGGCACUGCUUGGAAAGGCCACGAAGACUCCCCUGAGAAGGGUUUUGUCCUCGUCAGUGACGGUAACGACGCCACCGAGGCCUGGACAGAGAGCGCGGCAGCCGGGGAGGCUGCGAGCAUGGACACCAUGCUGCUGGCCGAGGAGCCUCCAGGGCCUCUUCCCGCCGCGCCGAGGCUGGAGCAGGCCACGGGCAAGGCCAGCGAGGAGGCCGAUCCCGGUGCAAUUCCCGCUCCCAGCUCGGAAAGCAGCGAGCCAGGAGCUGGCAGAGCCCCCGCAGCAGCGCCGAGCCCCCAGCCAGAGCCCCACGGUGCCACCACGCUGCCCUGGGCCACGCUGGGGACCGCGUGCUCUGCCACGUGCGGCGUGGGAGCCAUCUGGAGAACCGUGCGCUGCAGCGCGGGCAGCGGCGAGGCCUGCGUCGCUGCAAACAAGCCCGUCCCCGCUCGGAGGUGCUCCCUGAGGCCGUGCUCAUCAUGGCACGUGGGCAACUGGAGCAAGUGCUCCAGGAACUGCGGCGGCGGCUCCAAGGUGCGGGACGUGCACUGCGUGGACACGAGGGAGCAGCGGCUCCUGCGGCCCUUCCACUGCCAGGCCGUGCUCUACAAGCCGCCCGCGCGGGCGCCGUGCCGCAGCCAGCCCUGCCUCGACUGGUACACGUCCUCCUGGAGAGAGUGCUCGGAGUCGUGCGGCGGCGGGGAGCAGGAGCGCCUGGUGACGUGCCCGGAGCCGGGGCGCUGCGAGGAGACCUUGCGGCCGAACAACACGCGGCCCUGCAACACUCACCCCUGCACCACGUGGGUGGUUGGAUCCUGGGGACAGCUUUCCAGGCAGGCGCACGGCUCUCCCAAGGAGAGUCCAGCCUGGCUUGGAGGAGAGGCACUUCGGGAGCGCUUGGCCUGCGUGUCUCGCACUGACGCGUGUCCGGGUCACAUCACAGGGCUCUAG